ACAAAAUCAAUCCCAAAACAUUCACAACAGGAAAAACCAUCUUGAAUUGGGAAAAACACAAUCCCCAGAUGGAUAUUUCAUCAUCAAAAGCCUGCUUUCUUCUCUCCCUCCCUCUGUUUUUCAAUCUUUGUUUUGGAAAUAGUUUAUCAUAUCUCAAUACCAGCUCAAGCCACAACAAUUUGAUCUACAGCCACUGUCCAAACCAAACAUUCAAUGAUCCUAAAGGGUCUCUACAACAAAUCUUGUCAUCUCUUUUUCAAGAACUUGUCGAUCAGUCCUCGAGAUCCAAGUUCUACCAAACCAGCACAGGCGACGAAAAAAUUGCCAUCUCCGGUCUCUUCCAGUGCAGGAUUGAUCUCAGCAACGGCGACUGCCAUGGCUGCGUGAGCGGGCUCCCUGACAUGUCAAGUGGUUUCUGUGGCAAGGCCAUUCCGGCUCGGAUUCACCUUUCUGGAUGUUACUUGAACUACAAGGCGGACGGGUUUGAGACUUCCUGGGUGCAAUUGCAACACAAGACCUGCAGUGAAUCCAAAGCGGACUCGAGUGGGUUUGUAGAGCUGAGAGAUGCAGCAUUUGCAGCGCUAGAGAGCAAUGUUGUGAGCAGUGCUAAUGGGUUCAUCGACAUGACCUAUGAGAGCAUGCACAUGGUGGCUCAGUGUGGAGGAAACUUAGAAGGGUGUGAAUGUGGAGGGUGUGUGAACAAUGCAGUCCAAAUUGCUCAAGAUGAAUGUGGAAAUUCACUCUCAGGAGAAGUAUAUCUGGACAGCUGCUUCAUUAGCUUUAGCUCCAAUGACAAUAAUGGGAUUCCUGGCAACUCAAAUCAAGGGAAUGAAACAAAUCAAAUUAGUACAUCUUCAGGGAGAUUAGUAGCAAUUGUUUUGGGAGGAGCAGCUGCAUUGCUAUUUGUAUUCAUGUUCUUCUAUUUCUAUCGAUCUUCAAAGAGGAAAAGCGACGAAUGGUGAAAGGAGAAGACUAGAUUUGAUUUAAAAAGAACUCUAAAAGCAUAUGUUGUACCAAUUGGCAUUUCUUUCAACUUGCAAGAAACUACUUCUUGCUCACAAUUGGCGAGUGAGAUAAGGAAAACUUCGAAAUGUGUGAUUUGGUUGGGUUGUUCUGAAGAAUUGAGUAAUAUGACAUUUACAACGAAAAUGUUGUACUAAUUGGUAUAUCUUGUUACUUGUAAGAAACUACUUCUUGCUCACAAUUGAUGAGUGAGGUAAGGAAAACUUGGAAAUGUGUGAUUUGGUUGGGUUGUUCUGAAGAAUUGAGUAAUAUGACAUUUACAAUGAAUUCUCUCUCUCUCUCUCUCUCUCUCUGUUAUGAAGAAUUGAGUAAUAUGACAUCUACAAUGA